AUGAAAUUUUAUCAUUCAUAACUCAGCUCUAAAAGUUUUAUAGCCUAUCAUUUACUAUCAAUAACAACAGGAAUCUUUUUCAUACUACCUUUAGUAUUUACAUAGAUGCAAUUCAUAGUUUGUACAAUCACAAUGGGAAUUUUUGGAAUAUGUCAAUGCAUUAUUUUUAGCAGAUUUUAGAAAUUACAAAUUUACAUAUAUUCAUUUAUAAUAUCACUCUCAUUAUUACUAUCAAACACUUACACUAAAGCUUUAAUAAUUGGAACCUGUUUAGGGUUGAUCAUCAAUCUGUAAAAUUAAUUUACUUAAAUAUUGCAAUUUCAAUUUUUAUAAGAAUGCCAAUAUUUUGGACUCCUUCUCUAUUAUUUGCUUAUCAAAAACAUUUCAAUAUAAUCAAUAUCCAUAUUUACAUUCAUAAGCUCCUCAAUUAUACGAUUAUUUUUAUGUGAUUAUAAUAUAGAUCUAACAAAUUCUAAACCAUAACCAUUAAUUAUUAAACAAAAAUAAUAAUACUUAUCAAUAUUAGGUUAAUUUGUUAUUGAUUUAAUAUUCUUUGGAACAUUAUAUUUAUUAUAUUAGUUUUAAAAUCAUUUAAUUAUUAUAGCUUUAACUUUAUUGUUAUUUGCAAGCAUAAUAGUUAAUUUAUUUCAAAACUAUUUAAAAUAACUUACUUAUCCUAUUCUAAUCAUACAAGUAAAAUUAAAUAUAUCAAAUUUAGAUUAUAGUCAUAAUUUAAUUAAUUUUUAUAGAUGUAUUUAUAUUGAUUCCUUUUGAUAUUAUUAUCAUAAUAUUGUUUGUGUGUAGACCAAUAAAUGAUAUCUACUUAAAAAACAAUCUAGGUUUUGAAAUGUACUAAUAAGAGCAUUCUAAUUCUCUAAUUAUUAGUACAAUUUCAACAAUUUUUGCAGCCCUUUUGAUAUACUGA